AUGGAUAUAGCAUAUAGGAAAUUUCUGGAAAUAUUUCCUAUUGCUAUAUCCACUUGGUGUAAAAUUACCUUCAAAGAAGCAACGUGUAGGACUGAAUGUAGUAAAACAACGUGUAAAUCAAUAUUCGGCGUUUUAAAAAGAAUAAAUCGCUCAGAAACGUCUAUAGAAGAAUUAAUACAGAAAACUAUUCCUGAAAAUAUACAGUUAAAAAGAGAAUUAAAUCUUAGCCCAGCAAAAGGUGAACAAGAACUUACAAAUGACAUUUGGUUAAUUGGUGAGAAGAACAAAUGCUGGAGAAGCUAUAUUGGAAUGGGAUAUUAUGGUUGUCAUACUCCUCAUACAAUUAUGAGAAAUAUAUUUGAAAAUCCAGGAUGGACAACUCAGUAUACACCAUAUCAAGCAGAAAUAGCUCAGGGAAGACUGGAAAGUUUGUUAAAUUAUCAAACAAUGAUAAAAGAUAUGACAGGAUUAGACAUAGCAAAUGCUUCUUUAUUAGAUGAAGGCACAGCUGCUGCAGAAGCUAUGGGAUUGUGUUGCAGGUUUGUAUAUAUUUUGGAAAUAUUAUUUUAUUAAACCAAAGUGUAAAUAAUUUUAAAAUAAGCACAGUAAUUUGUAAUAUACA